AUGGAGGGGGACGACAGGAGGAGGGGGAAGUGGGGGAGAGGAGUUGGGGAGAAGUUGGGGAAAGGGGAAGUGGGGUUUGGCUCUCUCUCACUGUCGUUGUCUGCUGUGCCUGUGAAGCCAAAGUCUAUCAGCGCUAGCACGUCCUGCUCUCCGCGUUCCUCCCCUUUGGUCCUGGGUUCUCUCAUCCCUAUCGUGGCGAACGGUAGGAUAGAGCUGGCUGCGGCCGACUUCCCCCUCUACGUGCCUGUGGGCAGCGCUGGGUACAUAGUGACGCUUGAGAUGAAGGCCUACGAAGUCCUUCGCGAUGAGAAGGCCGAGUUCACAGAACCUUGCUUCGACCUCGGCCUCGCGGGCAGACCUCUUCCCGGCAGGCACUGCAGCGUCCUGCUUGUUGUGCGCCCUGGCGACCUGCUUUUGCCCGAUGAGGAGCAAAUCGAGACCUUAUACCGCCACCUCGACCCCAAUACCUCCUCCAAGCUGCACGAGGAGGAGGCGGCCAAGGUUUUGAGGCAGGAGGUCGCCGGCACGGGGCUGCUGUUAGUCAACGUGUUCACAUGGUCGUUGGACCAUAUGGAUGACGUGCAUCGCAGCUACGACCCGCUCAUCGUCGAGAGCCCAAAGCUGGUCGGCGUGAAGGUGCUCCGACUGGAGUUGGUGAGGGUCCUGGAGAUGGCCGCGCUGAACACACGGGAAGCGUCAACCGUAGGUCGUGGCGUCGGAAUCGGCAUCGCUCUAGGUGGGGAGGCUGAGGAGGCUACGGCGGGGUCGCACUCUGGCGGGCACGGACCCACAGAUGGCGGCGAGGAGGAGCACGAGGGGGAGGACGAGGAGGGGGGCGGGGAGCAGGACGGUGACUCAGACGAGGAGGAGGAGGACGAGGAGCGUGAGGACGACGUCGUGAUGGUCACCGGUGAAGAGGAGGCAGUACAGUUCGUCGGUGAGAAGGUUGCGGAUAAGAGUGGUGGCAGCGGACCCAAGUCGGGCAAGAAGGCGCGGGGGAGCGUCGGCUCGACCACGACUAGGAUGGCGUCAAAGGCGGCUAUUGUGCAUCUGAAGGCGGCGGAGAGGGAGAACAAGAAGCUGAGGGAGGAGAAGCUGGUGGCGGAGAAGAGGCUGGAGUACCAGAUGGCCCGGAUGGAUAUGCUAUUCGGCGUGGUCAACUCGGCCGCGAACAAGCUCACGACGGUCGCCGACCGCGUGGCCUCUCACGAGCAGACGUCGAGGAGGAGCCUCAAAAUGGCGGUGGACGCUAUGAGGGAGGUUGUACAGGAGGCGGUGAACUAUCGCGGCUCCCUCGUAGAAUUCAAGAUCACGAAGUGGCUGCCCAUCGUACAGGCCUUGCACUUGACGGCUGCUGUUGUGAACAGUAGGCGAUGGGAAGACAACGUCCUGCUGUUGCGAGGUGUGGCAGAUGCUCUGGGCGAGAAGAUCAAAACCGUCGUUCCUGCCGAGGUGAAGGCCGCCAUGGAGAGCGAGGCCCAGGGAAUCGCCGCCGCCAUGACUGCGAAAGUCGUUCAAGAGCUUAGGGACGACCUGGUGAAGGUGGUCACCUCCACGACCCAAUAG